AAAUUGCAUUUUUCGACACAUAGCGAAGGCAAUGUCAAAAUCUUCUUCUCAAUCAACUGAAAAUGGAGACCGCUCGGUGAAUUUAUCUCACACAUUUAAGUACUUGCUAGCAACUCAAUUUUUAUCAAGGGGAAUACCAUUCAUAUUCAACUCUUGGAUCGUUCGGCACCUCACUGAAGAAGACUAUGCGUUGUAUGCUGUACAAUUUCACUUGUUCAUUACUUGUGUGCUUUUUCUUAGUCGAGAGGGCUUCAGGCGAGCAUGCAUGAGGGCCGACAUUUAUUGUGGCGGAUCACUGAGAGAAAAUGCAGCAAAACUGUUGAAAGUAGCAUGGAUGACCCUCCCUAUGGGAAUAAUUGUCACAUUUGUAGGAUGCCUUUUUGUUUUAUGGUGGCAAGAACUAAGUUAUUCUACUCAAUAUGCACAGGCUAUAUGGAUAAAUGGUUUUGCAUGUAUAUUGGAGCUACUAGCCGAACCCUUUUACAUCUUAUCUCAGAAUUUGCUUCUCCUUAAGUUGCGUUUGAUAGUUGAAAGUGCAGCUACCCUUUCACGUUGUAUAGCUACCUACAUGCUCAUUGUAAAGCUACCUGGCAUGGAGAAAGCAAUUGUAUUUGCCUUGUCGCAAGUCGCAUUUGGAGCGUGUGUGUUCUUUGGCUACUGGGGCUACUUUCUUCUUUUUCACAUGUAUAGCAGUUCUGAUCUCUUUCCUUUUGGUCAAUGCCUUUCUAGUGUAGGAAACGGAGGCAUUGAUGAGCAACUUUCAAAAAUGUGUAUGUUGUUUACCUUUCAGUCUUUCCGAAAGUUGCUUCUUCAAGAAGGAGAAAAGAUGGUUCUUGUGUGGUUGGACACACCAUAUAACCAAGCAGUAUAUGGGCUUGUAGACAAACUAGGCAGCUUAGUGGUUAGGCUGGUGUUUCUUCCAUUUGAAGAAAGUUCAUAUGCUACAUUUGCAAGGUCUGCAUCAGGUGAACACACACAGAAGCAAAAGAAACUGGGAAAAAGUUUAUCUGAGGCUUUGAAACUUGUUUUACUAAUAGGUUUGGUGGUCAUGGCCUUUGGCCCUAGCUAUUCCUACUCUCUCAUCAGAUUGCUGUAUGGUCGCAAGUGGAGUGAUGGAGAAGCUUCAACAGCUCUACGAUACUAUUGCCUCUACGUGAUUCUUUUGGCUAUGAAUGGAACAUCUGAAGCAUUUUUGCAUGCGGUCGCAGAUGAGAUUCAACUCAAGCGCUCAAAUGAUUCCUUGCUUGUGUUCUCAUUGAUUUACUUGGUGUUGAAUGUUUCUCUUAUACGUUCAGCUGGUGCAAUUGGGUUGAUUUUAGCAAAUUCUUUGAAUAUGGCUUUAAGGAUCACUUACUCAGCAGUAUUCAUCAGGAACUAUUUCCAGGGUUCAUCCUCAUUUUCCUUCGGUAGCUGCCUGCCCUCUGGUUGGACGUUUCUGCUUCUUUCUGGAGUAGUCACUCUAAUUUCAGAAAAGAUAUUUCUGGAUCGGGAUGACUUCUGGAAAACGUUUAGCGGUCACUUCUUAGUGGGAAUCACCAGUUUCAUGCUAGCAGCCUUUAUCAUCUAUCGUCGGGAGAGGAGCUUUAUCAACAAUAUCAUCCGUUUCCGGGAGCAUGCUGACUGAGAAGAAAAUCCAACUGCAGUCAAAGCAAGAACCUUAGUCAUCAGUUAUUUUAUGGACAGAAGAUGGCAUUUAGCUCCUUGAUGCAUAUCGGCAAUUGUUUGUUGCAUUUCAAAGUGAAAAUCAUAGUUUACUAGGUGUAUUCACUUGUCGGGUUUCCACAUCAAAUCCAAGUUGUCUUGGCAUCUCAGAACUGUAAUUGUUGAAAUUAUUAUUAUUUUUUUUUUGAAAGGAAUUGUUGUAAUCAAUUAUCUGAAUUUUCCAAUCGUAAAAGAAUGCGUACUUUCAGAUAAUGUUCAAUGAAGGAUGAGAAAUUAACUUUUUUACCUAUUAAAAGAUAACAAAAUUAUAAGCU